ACUUCCGUCAACAAACAGGACCCCUUUAACAUGCAUCUUAUGGUCCCGUUUUGUAACACCAAACUAGAUUACACUCAGCAUUUCCCUUCCCCAUGUUAGUGAGCCGCCAGUCAAAGAAAUGACCUGCAUUAAACGAAUCUUUUCCAGGAGAGCUGACGUAAAAGUGGGACUGCUUGCCGGUGCAGCUCUCAGCUCCUGCAGAUGUUUCCAUGCUGAACUGGUAAGACAUGAUUCCAGCGCACUUCCGAUAGUUCAUCACAGCAGGUAUGUGUGCGACCUCCCACCCAACCACAGGUUCCCCAUGGGCAAGUUCCCCCGCGUCUUACACGCACUGAUCAACGAUCAAGUCAUUACAGAGAAACAGGUGUGGGUCCCUGAAAUAGCCUCUAAAGAUUUACUCAGCUGUGUGCACACUGAGGAAUACUUAAACAACUUUAUAAAUGGGAAAAUAAAUGAGCAAGAACAAAGGAGGACGGGUUUCCCCUGGAGUGAAGGCAUAGUGGCACGCUGUCGAUAUGAAACAGGUGGGACACUUCUAGCUGCUGAAGUAGCUCUGCAGAGGGGUUUGGCCUGCAGCACAGCAGGAGGAACCCAUCAUGCGUUUCCAAGCUUUGGAUCAGGGUUUUGUCUCCUCAAUGACUUAGCAGUUGCCGCCAAAUACCUGAUGGGCAUCUCCUCGCCCAAAAGGAAGAUUCUGAUUGUGGAUCUAGAUGUGCAUCAGGGUGACGGCACAGCUUUCAUUUUUAAAGAGGAGCCUUGCGUGUUUACGUUCUCAGUGCAUUGUGGGAAAAACUUCCCCCUCCGUAAACAAACAAGUGACCUAGAUGUUAGUGUGGAGGAUGCGCUGGAAGACCGAGAGUACCUCUCCACAGUGGAGGCCCACCUCCCCUGGCUGCUGGACACUUUUCGUCCAGACCUGGUUCUGUAUGACGCAGGUGUUGACCCUCAUUGGGAAGAUGAACUCGGGCGGCUGCGUCUGACUGACCAAGGGCUGUAUCAGAGAGAUCUGUACGUGAUGAAGACUGUGGUUAGCAGAGGUGUUCCUGUCGCUACUGUUGUCGGAGGAGGAUACUCGAGAGACAUCGACAAACUGGCCAUCAGACACUCCAUCGUCCACAGAGCAGCGACUCAGGUUUGGAGGGAGUUUGGAAUGUAAAAACUUCACGCCCUGUAUCAAGAAGAUCUUCAGAGCCAAACUGGUACUUGAGGCAACACCAGUAUUGAUAUUUGGGAAUAAAAAAUACAUGUUUUAUAUAUUUAUAUGCUGUACAGGCAGUAGCAUUAAAUUUUUCUCAAGAAGUAUGAAAAAGCUAUUGUAGAGAAUGGAUUCCUGCUCAGGUUAUCUGAGCUCUACUCAGGGAAUUUAAUAAUCUGUAAAGUCACUGAUCAUGUAUGUGAAUCUAUAAUACCAUGUGGUAUAUUGAAGUCUGGUUUAAAAAAUAUGUUUUAAAGGGUUUGCUCAUCAAAAAUCCUUCUGACAAUAGUAAUAAUCUUGUAAGUGUAUACCAUGACACCCUCUGACACUAGUAGAUCAACAGAACGACACUCACCAACUACUUUCAUAAUCGAUUGAGUGUUAGAGUACUUUUCUUGCAAAAAUUGUACAACAUGCUGUUUUCAGCCUCCCAAACAUUCCACUGAUAGCUGUGGGUUUUCUACUGUCAAAACAAGACAUUCAAAGACACCGCUUUAGAGUUUGAGUGGAUUGGAGGGCCAAUUCUCCCCACUUUCUGACAUCGAAGAGAUCUGUUAAUCAAGAAAACAAUCAGCAGAUCAGUCAACAGAAAAAUAA